UCUCCUAUAUUUAGGGAGAUACAAGAAGAUUCUACGACGUUCGUCAGGAUUGACGGCAGUAAGCUUCGCGUUUAACGAGGAGCCUUGAGAGGAGCGUCGUUUUCGCGCCAUGGCAAAAUUGCAUGCUAUAGGAUAUUUCAUUGCAUAAGAAAACUGGCGUGAGCAAGAGCCCUCGAGUAUACUAGAGCAUAGGAGCACUUCUCUGGAGUGACCAUUCCUCUCUUCUGAAAAAAAAAUGUACGAUACAAUGAAUUCAACCGGUGGUUGUUGACCCUUCUAUUAAGGAAGCUUUUAGGCGAACAAGAAGGAACAUUAAUAAAGUAUACGAAUACGCGAGAGAUGAUUAAAUAGGCCUGGAUGAAGUGUUUAUGGAAGCAAGUCACAUGAUGGCCGACGUCGCCGAAAACGCAGCCUUCACUGACCCAGCGACCGCGAUCUCCCAUGGUAAACGGCAUCUCUUAGUUCGGGACUAUACCAUGGCUGUAACCGCAUUGGCACAGGCAUGUCAACUGCUUGUCGAAAAACACGGAGACACCGCUGACGAACUUGGCGAGCCUUAUUUGCUUUACGGUCGGGCUCUUCUUGGUUUAGCGAGAGAGGAGGCUGGAGUGUUGGGUGGCGGAGUGCCGGGCUCAGAAGAAACUGAAGAAGACGAUGAAGAGGACGAGGAGGAGGCUGAAGACGAGAAAUUGAGCAACGUUGACGAGAAGGAAGAAGAGGAGAGUGAAGAGCACACGGACAAUGGGGCAGUCAACGAAGCAAAAGAGAAAACUGCCACCGAAAACAAAACUGAAGAAUCGGAAGUUGAGCAAGAACUCAAGAAACCGGAAGUUGACGAAAAAGAAGAGAAGGUAGAAACGAGCAGUGAAAAAAACGAAACAGAAAAAUCAGACUCUGAUAAGACUGAAGAUAGUAAGACAGCGAAACAGACGGUCGAAAAGCCAAAAGAAGAUGAGGAUGAGGAGCCUGCGGCUGACUCCAGUAAAGAUACAAGUAACGCUAAUGGACCUUCUUGUUCAACUGAACAGAAUGGGGUUGUCAAGGAAAAUGGAGAAAAUGAUGGUGAGGAUAUAGAAAAGGAAGAUGAAGAGGAUGAAGUCAACAAUCUACAGGUUGCCUGGGAAGUGUUAGAACUAGCGAAACUAGUGCUGUUAAAACGUGGUCAAUCCGGUUGGAAGUUACUGACUGAUGCAUAUCGACUCCUAGGAGAAGUGGCCAUGGAAGGGGGGAACUUUCAGGGUGCUUUGAACGAUCUACAUCGAUGUCUGGAACUUCUGCAGCAGAUUGAGCCGCGAGAGUCAAGGGCGAUGGCCGAAAUCCAUUAUCAGCUUGCAUUAGCUCAUUCCUUGGGCAACGAUUUUGACGCCAGUAUCGAAGAAUUUAACAAAGCUACGGAAUUGCUGGAUUCGCGUAUCAAAUAUUUGGAAGAAAUGAAAGAACCUCCCAAAACGGACGAUUCCUUCUAUACGGUAGAAGGGGAGAUUCAAGAAUUGAAAGAGUUGCUCCCAGAGAUUCAAGAGAAAAUCUCAGAUAUGAAAGACUUUAAGCAGGAAGCUUGCAAACUCGUCAUAGAAGGUAUCAAAAACAAAGUAGCUGGUGGCUGUUCGAAUGGUGCCGGACCAAGUGGUAGCAACGAAAGUUCUGCACCUAAAGUUCAAAAACCUGCUAGUGAUAUAUCUCAUUUGGUGCGUAAGAAACGGAAAGCCGAUGAAUCAGAGACAGAAAUUAUGUCGCCAUACAAAAAGCCGACGCCGGAAAAAGCUGUUUGAAUGAGUUUGGUGCAUCUGAAAUGUUUUUGGUACCUUGUUGCUUCGUUAAGCGGGAUGAAAAUUUGAGGGAAAAAUUUUUAUCGAAGAUGGAAUUUUUAGCGUUGGACCAAAAUCAGAUAAAAAUUGGCUAUCCCCGUGGAAAGACUUUGUAUACCAGAAAGGAUGUUUUAAUAGGAAUGGGUAGAAUAUACUAAAUUGAUUCUAUUUUUUUUUUUUUUUUUUUUUUCGUUCAAUAAUUACAGUUCAUGUAUUGUUUGAAAAUCUAUGUAUCUUAUUUCUUUCUUUUUCUCGCUAUUUCUGUAAUUCAUGUAUUUAUUCUGUACCUAAUAAGGAAUUUGUAUCAAAUAAGUUGAUUAUUACAUCCAAAUUAUCAUAAUUUUUUACCUCUUAUUUUCUAGGACAUGCUAAAAACAUUAGAACAUAAGGCUGUUUAUGUAUAAGUCAAAUUAAUAAACGUUAAAUGCUGAUUUUUCUAAA